AUAAUUCUUAAUUUUUAUAAAAGAAAAUCUUAAUAAUAAAAAUUAAAUAAAAAUGAAUGUUAUAGCAAAAACUGUGUUUAUGCUAAAGAUGACUACUUCUAUUUGCAAAAUGUAUAAAAGGCCAUUUACAGUAUGUAUAGAAGGUAAUAUAGGAAGCGGGAAAACUACAUUUUUAAGUCAUUUCAAAGAAUUUAACAAUACUACAGUUCUACAAGAACCAGUAGAACUUUGGCGAAAUGUUGGUGGAACAAAUUUAUUGGAAUUAAUGUAUACAGAUCCUAAACGUUAUAGUUUUUUAUUUCAAUCUUAUGUACAAUUGACAAUGUUACAACUCCAUACUUAUAAAUCUUUAAUGCCUUAUAAAAUCAUGGAAAGGUCAGUAUUUAGUUCAAGAUGUUUUAUAGAAAAUAUGAAACGUAAAAAAUUAUUACAUGAUGUAGAAGUAGUAAUUUUGGAAGAUUGGUAUGAUUGGUGUAUAGAAAAUGCUGAUAUAGAAACUGAUUUAAUAGUUUAUUUGAGAACAUCACCAGAUGUUGUAUAUCACAGAAUGAAAACAAGAGCAAGAAAAGAAGAAAGCCUUGUAUCAUUAGAAUAUUUAAAACAACUUCACAAUAUUCAUGAUGAAUGGCUUUAUUAUCAAACAUUAUUCACUGUACCAGCACCAGUUUUAGUAUUAGAUGGAAACAAAAAUUUAGAAGAGAUGGUUAAAGAAUUUGAAAAUUGUAAAGAUCAGAUUUAUGGUAAAAAAGAAACAGAAAAAAAUUAAACGAAAAUAUUGCAUUUUUAAUAAUGCAUUUCUU